UUUAUUUUAUCUAAUGAGACAGUAAACAUCUGGAGUCAUUUGCUGGGUUUCUUUCUCUUCUUUACACUGGGAAUAUAUGACAUGACAUCUGUGUUACCUUCAGCAAGUGCAUCCAGAGAAGAUUUUGUAAUUUGUUCUAUUUGUCUUUUCUGCUUCCAGGUCUGUAUGCUCUGCUCUGUGGGCUAUCAUCUUUUUUCCUGCCACCGAUCAGAAAAAACCUGUCGAAGAUGGAUGGCAUUAGAUUAUGCAGGAAUUUCUAUUGGAAUACUGGGCUGCUAUGUCUCUGGAGUGUUUUAUGCAUUUUAUUGUAAUAAUUAUUGGCGUCAGGUGUACCUGGUCACAGUGCUGGCUAUGAUCCUGGCCGUUUUCUUUGCGCAAAUCCAUCCCAGUUACCUCACACAGCAGUGGCAGAGGCUCCGCUCCAUCAUCUUUUGUUCUGUUUCGGGAUAUGGAGUGAUUCCUACUCUUCACUGGGUUUGGCUCAAUGGGGGAAUCAGUGCUCCUAUUGUACAGGACUUUGCACCCCGUGUAGUCGUGAUGUAUGUGAUUGCUCUUCUUGCUUUCCUGUUCUACAUUUCCAAAGUUCCAGAACGGUACUUUCCAGGACAACUAAACUACCUCGGAUCAAGCCACCAAAUAUGGCAUAUCCUUGCAGUAGUGAUGUUAUAUUGGUGGCAUCAGUCAACAGUGUAUGUUAUGCAGUACAGACAUAGCAAGCCUUGUCCUGACUAUGUUUCACAUUUGUGAAUUCAGGAACAUUGGAUUUUUUAGUUCACUGGAACAAAAACUUGAAACCUCUUCUCCUUUAAGUUGAGAGAGGUGUUGAGAAGAGGAAAAGAACUUGCACUGUCAUUUCCCAACAGAUAAGAAUCAUAUGAAAAACGGAUUGCAUGACCAGGUGACAAAUUCUGUGGUCUAAUAACCAAGCAAUUAACCAGUUAAGCUUUUUAAUUUCAGAUAAUAUUAUUUAAGUCCAUAUAAUUAACUCUUGCCAGUGUAUUGCAAAUUUUUGGUUCCAAAAUUCCUAUGUCACAAGAGCUUUCACCUCUGAAUUCGCAGUCCUAAAUUUCCUGAUGAUGGGUGUUCCCAGACAUAUGGGUGCUACUUUCAAGGCCAUAGAAUCCAGAAGGCCCAGUCUUGACCCUGAAAUGUACCUUAAGCCUUAGAACAAAGUCAUGCAGAUGACCCAUUUGAUGACGGAUUAUUCACUUGUGCUCUAGUCUUUCUCUGUGUGUGCAUGUGUUGAUGAGUCAAAGUACUGAUAUAUACUAUCUAAUAUUUGGGCCUGAAACAUUAAAUUGGCUUUUCCUUGUAUAUAGUUAACAAAUAAAUCUCAGUGCCCUAUCAUACAACAGUUAACACUUGUUCUUUGGUCUUUUUCACAUGUAUAAAUUAAUGUCCCUUAAAGCAGUCAUUCAUAAAAACAUAUCGUUGAUUGGAAUAUAAAGUAUUACCCAGGAUUCUUAAUGGGUUGACACGAGCUGCUUCAAAUACCGGUCUGUCUUCAGAACCUUGGCAUUACCACAUAUCAGAAGUGUUGACCGAUGGCGAAGCUUGUUUCCCAAAUGCCACGUGUACGUCUGACAUUAGGAAUAUUACUCUAAUAUGCCUCCGUUUGUAUUUUUUUCAGUGUAGUGUUUUCGGAAUAUAAAUUCCCCAUGCUGUACUUCAGCAAGGAGAGCUUCCCCCCAGUGGGCUAAAGGCACACUGUUUUGUACCCAUUAUUAUGAUGGAACACUACCUUGAAAAUGGCCGUUUUAUCUCAUAUUUUGGUGUAAUGAUAAUAGGAUGUAUUUUCCCUAAAAUAUCCCUUAUUGGCGUAUAUAAUAUUGUUUUAAAUAGAUAUUUUGUCAUUGUGGCCAAACAAAACACAUUGAGUAUUUAUAAUUAAUUUAAAAAUGAAGAAGUCUAGUUAUUUUAGGUCUGGUACCAUUUUUGUUAUAAAAUCUUCUCAAAAAACAUAUAGAGCUUAAAGUUUUAUUUUCAUUUAAUUUUUAAAAAUAGUCCUGGAUUUUUGUUAUAGUAUAUGAAUUAUUUAAUACUUGGCAUCUGAAUAGAUAAAAAGAACAUAAUGUGUUUAAGACUGUUUUUUGAAUUUAAAAGGUCUUAAUUGUAAGGAGAAUUAUACUAUGUAAACAUUUCAUCUUUUUAUGAAAGUGUUAAAUAUUGUAAGAAAGCUAUCCUUUCUCAUUCUUAACCUUUACUAUGAUGUAUUUAUUAUAAUGUAGGGAAUGAAUGAACGUGGAUUGCUGUCAACUAUAAACAGUUCUGUGUAUCAGCAUUUAUUGACCACCUACUGUGUGCACAUCACUACUGGCAAAAUUUUUAAGACAUUGUUAACAUUAAAGAAUAACUAUUUAAAAAUUGCCUACAAAUCUGAGCCUUGUAAUAAUGUAUAUUUAUUUUUGUUUUUAUACGUUUAUUAAAAUAAUAUUAAAAGUACACUAUUCGGCUACAGUGCUAAAAAAGACUGGUUUUAAUUUUCCCGACAUGUAAACUGUACAAGCUCUUUACCAACGGACUUAACAUUUUUUAAUUAUCCAUGGCUGUUUUAAAGUGUCUGUAGUGAUUUAUAAGGUUGUAGUUAACUCAUUAGAGAGACAAUUAUCUUUCUAUAAAAAGGCAUUUUUAAAUAGCAAGAUAGUGCUUGUCUUUAUUACUCUGAGAGCAAUUUGCAAGCUGCAUGGCGAAAUAUGUAUUAUGUAAAUAAACUGAGUUUACUAAAUAUA